UGAUGAGUAUACUCUUCUCUAGGAAAUAACAAACACACGGUGGUAUGGAAAUUUUAUUAACGGAUACUUCAUUCAAUUCAUUUCACUUUUAGUAAGUUGUUGUGUGUUAUUAGUUCAGUUGGCGGCUACAUAUAACUUCACUUAGUAGUAGGUACCGGCCGCGGUUUAAAUGAAAAUCAUGGCGCUAUCAUUUGUGAAUCUGAGUAUUAUUUUAUUGUUAUCAAUUAUUGUUAGUGUUUCAUAUGGACAAACUGUAUUUAAUGUAUGCGCCAUUGAAGAUGUGGUUCCACCAAGUCUUUGCCAAGAAGUGAAACAAGAACAAAGUGCCGAAUGUAUACAAGUACCUGACAGUGUAAACUGUGCAAUUAAAUUACAAAAUGGAAAAGCAAACGUUGCAGUAUUUUCGCCAGAACAAGCAUUAGUAGCUGCCAAAGCAUUAAAUGAUACUGUUAAAGUUGUUGCAUCUGUUCGUCAUCCAGACGAUAUAAACGAGGAAUUUGCAUUCCAAUCUGUGGUUGUUGUGAAAAAAAGUUUCGAAGGUGGUUUAAAAAGUCUAUCCAAUAAACAAUAUUGCCAUCCAGGUUUUGAUUUAGAAGAAAAAGUAUCAAAACGUGUAUUAACUGAAUUUGAAAAUACUGUUGUACCAUUAAAAUGUGGUCCAUCAGAUAGUCAUGCAGCUGAAGAUGAAGUUGGUUCGGUAGCUAAAUAUUUUGGAAAGUCAUGUCGACCAGGUCCAUGGGUACCAAAUAAUGAGAAAAUUGAUAAACAAUUAAGAGAUAAAUAUAAGAAUUUAUGCGAAUUGUGUGAUAAUAAAGAAAAAUGUGAAUAUCAGUCAACAGAUAAAAAUCCACAUCAUGAUGCUUUGAGAUGUUUAGCUUACUUAGGUGGAGACGUUGCAUAUGUGAGCUUACAACAUGUUAAAUCUUAUUUUGGAUUAACAAAUUCUGCAGUCAAAAAAGCUGAUCCCAACGAUUAUCAAUACCUUUGCCCAGAUGGUAGUGUUCAACCGGUAGCAACAGUAAAUCCAUGUACAUGGGUCAAACAACCAUGGCCAGUAAUUGUUGUUCGAAAUGAAAUUGAAGAUGAAUUUAAAGCCAAAAUAAUAGAUGUUGAACUACCAGCGAAAAAAAUUUGGAUUGAAAUUUUAAGAACAAUUUUAGCUCCAAGCAAUCAGAAAAUUAUUGAAGUAAAUACAACUAAUAACAUCGUUGCUUAUUUAGAAGACAAAAAUGCUCGAAAAAUUCCAUCUCCGAGUGAAGAUAAAUGUAAAAGAAAUCUUAAAUGGUGUACUGUUACUACUGAAGAACAAGAUAAAUGUGAAUGGCUCAGUAAAUCUAUGAUAUCAACUGGAAUUCGACCAGAAAUAACCUGUCAACUGGGAGCAAAUACUAUUGAUUGUUUCAAACUCAUUAGCAAAGGAAGGGCUGAUAUUAUUAGUAUUGAUUCGAAUUACGGAUAUAUUGCUCGCAAGUCCUAUUCUUUACAACCAAUUUACUAUCAUCGCACCAAUGAACAGUCAUUAACUCUUGCGGUUAUCAAAGAUAAAGAUUCCGAUAAAUAUCAAACAAUCCAAGACUUAAAAGGGAAGAAUGUAUGUGUUCCAGAAUAUGGUGGAUUAGCUUUUAUAUCAGCAGUUGUAUUGGGACUUAGCACUAAUUUAACCAGAGAUGCAAAAAGUAAAUUAUGUGAUUAUGGCAGAGAUUUCAGUACCUUUUUCAAUGAUGGAUGUGUGCCGGGUGCUCGUGAUAAGGAUCAUGGUAUUAGUGCUGAAACAAACUCAGAUCGCUUAUGCGCUUUAUGUCAAAUUACUGAAUUGUCUAAAGGUGCAGCAACUUGUGCAGCAGAUAUAUCAAAUAGAUUCUUUGGCGAUAAAGGAGCUUUGGAUUGUAUUUCAUUUGGUGGAGGAGACGUUGCACUUGUUGAUAAAUCAGAAGUACAAGAUGCUACUAAUUCUUCAGAUUAUCGUGUACUCUGCGCAAACAAUACGUUGGCAGCAAGUACGGGAUUCAAUGUUGAUGAAAAUUGCGCAUUGAGCGCUAUUGUUGAUAGUGAAACGGUUACCAGACCUAAAGACGCAAACAAUCCUGCUUAUGAGUUACUUUUAGCUGAUAUCCAAAGUGCUUUCAAAAAUACAAACAACAAAAAGUUCUCAGCAAUGUCUGUGUUUUCUAAAUUCAACGAUCAUGAAGAUGUUUUAUUUAAGAGCAACAUACUUGGUUUUGAUGAAACAAAAGACCCCAAUUCGAAAUACGCAAGAAACUAUGACAAAUUAUUUAGUCAAGUUGACAAAUGCACGGGUGCUGGAGCGAUGGGUGUCUUCAGUUCAUUUGCAACAAUUCUUUUCUGCCUUGUAGCUGUGUUUCAUCUAUUUUAAUUUUACAUUAUUUAAUAAAAACUAAAAAGACAAUUCGUUAUUAAAGUAUUAUAAGAAUAUUUGAGUUACAACUCUCGAACAGUUCCAUAGCCCGGAUAAAUUAUUCGAUUUCGUCAAUGUGAAUUUCAAAUAAUGUUUUUUUUUUUUUAAUUUACCAUUCAUAGUAGGGGAAGGUGUCCUAUAAUGACCCUAAACUAACCUUAAAAUUUAUUACACGCCUAUCAAAAUGUGUUAUAAUAUUAUGAAAAGUUAACAGACGCCAUGAGUAAAAGAACCAGCCGGCGAAAACUAACACAAAAAAUAAAUUUAACGUUGAAAUUUCUCUUACCAUAGAUCAUAAGCAGUGAAAUUAAUAUUUCUCCUGUUAAAUAUAAAAUAGCUUAUACAUCGCCAUAAAUCUUUGUUGGACGAUUAAUUUGAUUACGUGAAAGCCAUCUAUCGAUAAAUAUACUAGAUGGCUUUAAUGAUUCACUGAAAACAACGAGGGAUCAUUUUACCCUAAGGAAUCAUUAUAGAGCACUUUCCCCUACUGUAUAUAAAACGGGAGUAGAUAAGAGAUUUCAUAGGUACGUUAUUAGAUCAUGCCAAUGCUGCAUAGAGAUAGUGAUAACUAUCUUCUAAGUAAUGUGGAAGCUCUCUUUUAAAAUUAUUUACGAUAUUUUCAUUAAUUUUCCAUUAACGAAUAAUAACACAUCACUUGAAUAAAUGUUGAUUAUUACAUGAAAUUCAUAUUACGCAGUUUAGUUGUAUUUUGAUACUUUUUGAAUAAAUGUAAUAUUUGUAAUUA